UUAUUCAUCUUUCUUAAUCCAUUCAUUCAAUUCACUCUUUCAUUUCAUUUCACUUCACUUCACUUCAUUUCAUCCCAUUUCAUCCCAUUUCACCUGAAUUCUCGACUUUGCAUAAGAAGAAAGAUUCAUACUUUGAUUCAACACUCCUCGACAGCUUUACCUCUUUACCAUUUGCAUGACUCUCGUUGACUCAUAAGAUAUUCUGCGAUUCUGCGAUUCUGCAAUUGUGCAAUUCUGCAAUUCUUCCCCAGCAUUUCCAAUCAUCCAACAGCUUCGAGUGGCAUAUCCAAGCAUAACUACUAUACCAUACAUACUAUUUACCAGGUAUUUUCGAACACGAACGAGACUGAUUCAGAUUUCCGGUCCGCCCGUCAGUCCGUUCAGUUGAAUUACCUUUCCACGCAUAAACAAAUCGAGACAGACCCUCGACAACCAUACAAUUAUACCACCAUACAACAACCCACAACCCACAACCCACAAUAAUUUAUACCCACAACCACAACCACAACCACAACCACAACCACAACCACAACCACAUCCACAACCACAUCCCACAUCAUUCCAUUCUCUCCAAUCAUUCUAGACGCCGCUUCUAGGCCCUUGACAGAUUCAAAGCCUAAAUAAUUUCACAAAACCGUCAUCAUGGCCGACGAUUUUGGUAGUCAUGACCCAUUAAGUUCAACUCUUCCUCAAGGAAAUCCAAAUCCUACCGUUACUCAUCAGAAUCCUAAGAAGACUUCUCCCAGUCGACAAAGUACCAUGCGGUCUAAGAGUGGAUUUGAGGCUCAUGCCAGUGGAGCGACGACACCAAAUAGUUUCAAAAGGCACAGCAGACAUGAUUUAACCGUUGAUGAUUAUUUUGUAUGUUUUACUCGCUUCUUUCCUUUCCUUUCCUUUCCUUUCCUUUCCUUUCCUUUCCUUUCCUUUCCUUUUCAUUUCCAACUUUCUGCUUGACUCUAGGUAUUCACAACCUUGUCGAGAAUGGAACUCGAACAAUCAAAUAUUCAUACGUAGAUCGAAACAAAAUGACUAAUUCUUCCAACAAUAGGUCGGUCCAAGAAAUCUCGAUGCUCAUUCCAAACUUCCAUAUUUCAUGCGCCUUCAUGGAUCUGUUAUACCUCGAAUGGUAGUACCUCUUUUCUGGAUUGCAUGCUGGUCUACAUUAAUUACAUGCAUUUCAAAAUAUUCCGGUACAAAGUUGGCUGUCAAUACUUUACUUUUGACCGUCCUUGGUUUCGUCAUUUCUUUGGCUUUGAGUUUUAAGAGUUCUACUGCUUAUGAACGGUUUGUCCUUCUUUUCUUUCAUGUCCUAUUUUUUGGUGCUAUUGUUUCUUUAUAUUUUGCUUGCUUUGUUGCACCCGAAAUGGAGAGGAUAUGAAAAGAAGCUCGAGCGGAGCGAGCAAGGGGGGGUUUGGGGGCUUGCCCCCAUAUUACCACACUAUAAUAUUUUAUUGUUGAAAUGACGCUCCGCUCGCUGCCUCUCCGAGGGCCACUGCCUGGAGGCAGACUAAUACAAUUAUACAUUAUUCACAGAAUUUCAACUAACAAAAAAUCAGUUAUUCCGAUGGUCGUAAAGCAUGGGCCGCCCUAUCAGUUCAAUCCCGCAACCUAAGUCGAUUCAUCUGGGUCAACGUACGUGAACGUGAAGGCGACAUGGGCAAAGAAGAUCUUCUCGCAAAAAUAACCGGUAUCAAUCUCGUCCUGACCUUUGCCGUCGCUCUCAAACACAAACUUCGUUUCGAACCAUACGCUCACUAUGCCGAUAUUUCCGCUCUAACUCAUCAUCUCAAUACAUAUGCACAAUCCGCUACGACCCCCGAAGUACUUAUCGAGAAAAAGAGAACACCAUGGAAACGUGCUGGAGAAUAUCUCGGCCUCAGUUUCGCAUUAAGUAACCCUAGAAAAGCAAUUAAGCGCUCCAGCAAGCCAAUCGGAAACCUUCCAAAUGAAAUCCUCACCUACCUGGAUGCCUACAUUGAUGGAACCAUUCGCAACGGAACUCUUGAUUCUCCAGUAGUCCUCGGUCAAAUGCUUGGUUGCAUGAAUGCCCUGACUGAUUGUUCCGCCUCCGCCGAACGUGUUCUUCAAACUCCUCUUCCUGUCGGAUACAACAUUUUAAUUUCUCAAAUCGUAUACCUUUACGUUUAUCUCCUCCCCUUCCAACUCUUCGAAGCAUUACAAUGGGUUACGAUCCCUGGUACAAUUGCCGCUGCAUAUAUCAUCGUCGGACUCAUGGCCAUCGGAAACGAACUCGAAAAUCCCUUUGGAAACGACGUUAACGAUCUUCCAUUAGACCACUACUGUGCAGAGUUAGCUCGCGAUUUCGAUAUUCUCACAUCCGUCAAAGCUCCAACAUGGGAGGAAAUUGUCUACGGAAGAAAGGAGAUGACAAAUGAUGAUUCAGAGGAAGAAUUGAUGAGGGAAAAUAAAGUUCUUUGGCCACUCAGUAACUCAGGAGUGAGAAUGUGGAGAAAUAGAGACGAGAAGGAUAUUAGAGAUGCAUUGGCGGCGAAGGUAGUGGUGGCGGAUAGGAAAAGUAGAGAUGUGUUUACGAGUGCUGGAGAAGGAAGAGAUAGUACUGCUAGAGCGAGGAGCGGAAAGAGUGAUUUGACGGCUGAGAGUGCUGAGAGUGCUGAGAGCGCUGCGUAGUGAGCGGAGGCACCGGUCAGCAAUGGAUUUUCAGGGACAAGAUUUAAAAAAAGAAAAUGCGUGGAUCAAUUGAUUUUCAAUAAAAAACAAAAGCAAGUGCAGCACAAGCGGAUCAUACCCCUCCCACAGUCAAAAGUCCUAGACUGUACCCGCGAAGAAUUUAAAGGCAGAAAAUGGGUUGUAGGGUUGUAGCAUACAUAUGGCGAGGAGUUUUUGGGACGGCGGAGUUGGAGAUGUAAAUUAUUGUACGGAUUUUUUGAUUUUUUUUUCUCUGGAGAAUGUAUGAGGAGAUGGGAUGAGAUAUGUUCUUCGAUGAGCUAGAUGGUUCUCGGGAGAUGUGUAAUUUUUCUUUCUUUUUUCUCCAGGUCUUGUUUCGUGUGUGUAUACGUUUUUUCCUACAUUUGAGAUGAGAUGAGAUAAGAUAAGAUGGGAUGGAUGAGAUGAGAUGGGAUAGAUACAAACAAAAUCCAAAUCAAUCAGUUGAUUGAAUGAACUUAUUCCAAUGCAAUUGUACACUUUUGAAACAG